AUGUUUUCAAAUUUUGUUCAUACGAUUCAUGAUAAUUGUAAAGAUCUUGAAAAGAAAAAGUAUCUUUUUUUAAUUGAAAAGCAGGCUGAAUCCAAUGAAUCACCUUUUAUUCAUUCAUCUAAUCAGUUUAGUAAUUAUGAAAAACAUCUAAAAGAGGUUUUUAAAAACGAUAAAAUAUUGAACACAUUAACAAAAAUUUUAAAGACAGAAACAUUUUCUCCUAUCAGUCCUGUUAGAAGCACCAUCAAAACUUUAGAGGAAAUUAGUAAGAGAUCUUCAAUUCUAUAUAUCAAAUUCCAUCCACCUUUAAAGGCUAUUUUUAAUGGUGAUCAUAGAACAUCUCAGUUAGAUAUAACUAAUGAGGAGGAAGUCAGUGCACAUAUAAGUACAGUUUUAGAUUUUAUUGGACAAGAUGAUUUAAAAGAAAUUCUAAAAGCGUGGAUUGUUGUGAUUCAUAAAAAAAAACAAAGCCAAUAUCCUUACAGUGGAUCAAAUCUUCCUCCUUGGUGGCCUCCUAAUACCAAACAUACUGAGCCAGACCAUAUGAAGAGAGAAGAUAGAAUAGCAGUUGUGUUGCAUUUGCUUUUAAUGGACAUACGAGAUGAAAGAUUGAAUAUAAAAGACAAAAAGGGAAAUCCAACAUACUCUUUUUUAGGAGAAGAGUAUUUUGAUUUUGUUUCAAAACUAAGAAGAACAUUGUAUUUCAGUAGAAAUAAAGUUAAUUGUCCAGCAAUUAUGGCGUUGAUGGAUGAAGUUUUUUACAUUGCACAUUAUGUUAACAAGUAUAAAUUAAUUCAAUUUUAUAAUGAUGGAAAAGAUUUUGAUGACUUUAAUAAAUUUAUUGAAGUUACCGAUUUAUCUAAAGUAAAAAAAAGUGCAGGAGGUGUUUUAAAAAACAAAAGAGAAUAUAUUAGCAAAUACUUACAUCAAAAAUAUUUUGAUAAAGGUGGAUAUAUCCAUUGGUGUUUUUUUUCAAGCUAUGAAGUUAGAUGUCAGUCAUUGCACCAAUUAAUUGAAAACAAGUGUAAAAGUCUUAAUAGAUCGGAAAAUAACAAUAUAGUGACUCUGUCAACUUUAUUAAAAUCAACACCAAAAAGUGAACAAAAAUUUAGUCUGAACAGUUCGGUUUUCGACAAAUCAAUUAUAUAUCAGGGUUGUUGUGACUCAAAUGUUUUUGGAAAUGAUAUUAUUUCAAAAUCUCAAACAAACAAGCAAACCAUGGGAAAUGAUAUUGACAACAUUACUCAAUCAACCGGUAAUAGAGAUAAUGAACAAAUUCAUAAUUUGAAUAAUUAUAUGAACUUGAAUACUUUUUACUCAGGUGCUGGUUUACUUUCCAAUUCAAACUUGGGACCUAAUUUAAGUUCAGACUUGAAUCUUAAUAUAAGUCUUGAACAUAGUUCAAGCGAAUAUUCAGAAAAUAUAGAUGUUAAUACUUCAAAUUUUCUACCAGAAGAUUUUUAUCAGAUAUUAAAUAAUUUGAAUGAAAAUAACUCAUCUGAUGAUAUUGAAACGCAGAGUUCAACAGAUCCCUCAUAUCUCAAUGAUCGUCCCGAAACCACUAAUAUAGUAGGUUCAAAUAAGAAAAGACAAAAUUCUCAAGACAUGCAAAACUCGCUUAAAAAACCCAGAAGGGGUUAGCAGAAAUAAAAAUUUGAAUUCAAUGCUAUACAAUCUUUUGUCUUCUUUUCAUUCUGUUUGUUCAUUUUUUGUUUUAGUUGUAUUAUUUUAGUUGUAUUAUUUUAGUUGUAUUAUUUUAGUUAUGUCUUUUGCUGAUGUUUUUGUUAUAAUUUUUUGUGUUGCUUUGAGUUGGUUACAACUUUGGAUGAUGUUAAAUUGGUCUGUAGGUUUUGUUUUUUGUAUUUUCACUUUCACUUUUAUUUUUAUUUUCAUCUUUAGUUUUGUA